AUGAAUUAUUCAUCUACCCUUAAUUCAUCAUCAACACAAAUAGAUCCAGCCCUUAGUGAUCUUCGUAAAGCUAUUGUUGGUAAUCUCAUAAAAAAUCCUAAAACGUUCAGAGGAGGGAAAGAUGACGUUAAAAAGUGGUUAGAAGAUAUUGAACAUCUUUUAGAAAUCGCACAUAUUCCUUCUAACACUCGACUUGAUUUGAUAUCAUAUUCGUUACGUGGCGAUGCACUCGAGUGGUACAAAACCAAUCGAUUAUCGUUCACUACUUGGGAAAUUUUCGUUUCCAGCUUAAAAAAGCUUUCACUUCAAAUUUUCAUGAAGAAAUCGCAUUAA